UGUGUGUGUGUGUGUGUGUAGUUGCUCUGCUCUGUGCUGCUCUGCUCUGCUGUGUAUUGCUCUGCUCUGUGCUGCUGUGUGUUGCUGUGCUGCUCUGUGCUGCUCUGCUCUGUGCUGUGCUGCUGUGUGUUGCUCUGUGCUGUGCUGCUCUGUGCUGCGCUGGUGCUGUGCUACUCUGCUCUGUGUUGCUCUGUGCUGUGCUGCUGUGUGUUGCUCUGCUCUGUGCUGCUCUGCUCUGUGCUGUGAGAUCAGUGCAGUACCUCCCGCUGCUGCAGCCAACAUGAGGACACAGCUGCUCUCCUUCCUGAUCGCUGUGACAUCCGCGGCUCUCUUUCCGGACACAGCCGUGUGCGCGGCGGCCGGGAAGAGGAGGGGGGCGAGGGUCACAGCAAAGGUAUUCUUCGAUAUUCAAAUCGGUGAUAAAGAUGUCGGAAGAAUUAUCAUCGGUUUAUUUGGUCGAGUUGUUCCAAAGACUGUAGAAAACUUUAUUAUUCUAGCAACUGGUGAGAGAGGAUUUGGUUACAAAGGGAGCAAGUUUCAUCGUGUGAUCAAGGAUUUCUUAAUACAGGGUGGAGAUAUUACAAUUGGAGAUGGGACAGGAGGGAAAAGUAUCUACGGCAAGACAUUUCCAGAUGAAAACUUCAAGCUGAAACACUAUGGAGUUGGCUGGAUCAGCAUGGCUAAUGCAGGACCAGAUACCAAUGGUUCCCAAUUUUUUAUUACAUUGAUCAAACCAACCUGGCUCGAUGGGAAGCAUGUUGUGUUUGGAAAAGUUAUUGCUGGAAUGUCUGUGGUGCACAUGGUAGAACUUCGGGAAACAAAUGCUGAAAACAGACCUCUUGAAGACUGUGUGAUAGCAAAUAGUGGCAAGAUAGAUGUAAAAGAGCCUUUUGUGGUUGAAGUGGAUGCUGACCAGUAAGAGAAUAGAAUACCACACACAACAUUGUGUAGGAGUAAGAUGGGAGAUUUGCGGAGAAGACAGAGUGGUUGCAUUGAUCAAGCGGCGUUUGAUAACGCUGGUGCACCCAAGUGAUUCUUUUCAAAACGAGAUCUGGCUUCCUAAGUAAAAAGCAAUUUGGUACAUUUAGAAGACUCUAGCACAGACAUUACUGAAUGAGUACUAUUUACUUAUUACAUACUGUAUGUUCAAUGCAAUUGUAAAGCUUGCAGAAUAUUCUUAACUGUAUUUUUAAUCAUACAUUCCAGCAUCUCUCUUGUUAUGUUAGCCUGACUCAGGAAAGGGUAUUUCACAGAACUUGUAUUUUAAUUAUACAUUUUAACACUAUACAAACUUGUCCAAGAUACACUUGCAAAAUAAUGUCAGAAGAUGAAUUACAAUGAAAAAUGUACAGUUUCCCCCAAACGUUUUUGUUAGAUAAUCGCAAACAGCUAUUUAAACAGUGUUCUCAAAAAUUCCAGCUAAGUAGAAACAUCUAUUGUGUACUUGCCCUGUGAUGAAUUUGCCUGCUGAAUAAAUUGGAUUUCAUUU